AUGUCUUCAACUCACGCACAUGCAACUGGUGAUGAUAUUGGUGUAGAAGCGACGGAUGAACGUAAUGAUGAUAUUGGUGUACAAGCGACAGAUGAACGUGGUGAUGAUAUUGGGGAACUGAUAUGUGAAAACACACAAACAACUGACGGUCAAAUUGUUGAAGGAGCAAUAGAUGGACAAGGUGAUGGUAUCGCUGAACUGGUGUAUACAGACGAUUCAAUUAGUAAGAUGAUUUUUAAUUUAUUAAUGGCACAUAAUAAUAUAAGAUUAAUUUGCGAAGUCCUCGUAAUCAUAUCGCUUUUAUUUUCAUAG